CAGUAUGCAUAGGCACCAAGAUCGACUCAUCCACUCAAGCAGCAUCUCGGACAAUAGCCACCACCAACCCGGAAACCAUGGUGUCCUCCCGCAUCCUUCUCCUCGCCACCAUCCUCCUGGCCGUGGCUUCUGUCCGAGCAAGUGGCCAGGACCUGCCGCCUCCACCGGCAACGGCACCAGCACCAUCCGCCUGUGGAGGCGACCAUUGCUCGUUGGACGACGUAGUCAAGCUCGACGUGUGCGUCGACCUCCAGCUGGGAAGGAUGGGCCUGGCCAACAAAGACCGAUGCUGCCGGCAGAUACGUGGGAUGCCGAACGCUGCCGACUGUCUGAGCGUCGCCUUCAGUCGGGCUGAUCUUCGUAUCCGCUUCAAUAUCGGCAACCACGUCAAUGCCGUGCUCACUGCCUGCGGCGUGGCUCACGUCUUAGACCACGUUUGUGUCGCAAUACAUUGAUGGUGCUGGUCGUCUCGGCCUCGCUGGUGACCCUCAGUGAGCGCAGGAAUGCGGCUGAGAGGUGCAUUAGCAUACGUCACCUACUAAAUAUAUGUGCUGCCUAAAUAAAUCUGUCAUACUAGUAUGUACUGGUUUCGACCUAGCUUAUCCAUCGAAGCACGCGUGUAUCAUGGCUGCUGCUACUGGUGGUCGUCUAAAUAACUUGUGGUAUCUACCUGCUAUUGUAAGUGAUGUGUUGGCUUGCC